UGUUUGGGGAGGGUAGAAGCUACUCCACACCCCACAGUGUGUGCGUGCUACGUGUGUAAGUUGCCUUCGUAACCGGCUUUUGCAGAAACGUGGUGGCUGAGACUGGUUGCGAUGACGUCAGUCCGCUAGGAGCGCUAGUGACUGAUAACACUAUCCAGUAGGCUGUGGCGGCAGUACCAAUAUCACAACACAGUGCACAGCGGUUGAGCCGCUGGACCUGUGGAGGAAGACGGCCUAGCUCUCACCAUGUCUAUGAAGAAGGAGACCCCGAGCGACGUCCGCCUCCACCUAGCGGCCGUGAACGGCGACCUCAAGGUCAUCCGCAGACUCUUGGACAGUGGGAAAGUCCAUGUCGACUGUCGGGACAAGGAUGGCACCACUCCUCUGAUCCUGUCAUCUGCUAACGGUCACCUGGAGUGUGUUCAGGAGUUGUUGGAGCAAGGAGCAGACCCUGCUGCACGACGAGUGACUGGGACCACAGCAUUGUUCUUCGCUGCCCAGGCAGGUUACAUGGAUGUAGCUCAGCUGCUGAUAACUCACCAUGCCCCAGUCGACACUCCCAGCGUGGAUGGAGGAACUGCACUAUUUGUUGCCUGCCAGUACGGACAUUAUGACAUGGUCCAGCUGUUAGCAAGACACAAUGCAAACAUCAACGCUUGUAUGAAGGACGGGGCAAGCCCCUUGUUUAUUGCUGCCCAGAAUGGACACGCGGACACGUGUCGUCUGCUGCUGACCCUAGGAGCCUCUAUUGACCAGCGUAGGCUGGACGGAGCAACGCCGCUGUGGAUAGCAGCACAGAUGAACCAUGGAGCUGUUGUGAGACUGCUACUGAAACAUGGAGCGUUUGUGGACGCUGUUCGACAUGAUGGAGCUACUCCCUUGUUCAAGGCCUGCCACAAGGGACAUGUUGAUGUUGUUCAAGAUUUGCUCAAGUACAACCCAAGUUUGGGAAAGCUACCUAAUGGAGAGAGCGCUCUACAUGCGGCAGCAUUAUUCGGCCAUCUUGGGAUCGUCAAGUUAUUAUUGCAUGGUGGCGCAAACCUCAGACUUAAAAACCAAGAUGGUAGAACACCAUUUGACCUAGCAGCCAGUGGCAGGCACUGCCAUGUGUUAGAAUAUCUGAAAAUGCACUAGUUACCUGAUGAAAAUAUGGGUACCACUUAGAAAGUACAGGUGCUGAUAAAAUAUUUCCCAAUCUAUCUGUCUCUGAUGGACCAUUCUAGUAAGAUAAAACUCCUUUUUGCUUUGAAAAAAGAAACCCAAAUGUGUUCAAAAUUCAAAGAAAUAUUGUGUCAAAUCUUGCAGUGAUAAAAAAGCUGAUAAGAGGUUUUGUAGGUAACGUAAGGAUUGAGUAUAGUGAUACAAUUGUGACUAGUAUUAUAUUUCAGUGACAUGUUGUAGUUGACAUGAAGUCUUUACUGCUGUAUUUAACAGACAAAAGUUAAAAGCAAUUAUUGUAUUUGUUAUAAAGUGUAUCAGUAUUUAGAUAAUUUGUUAUUUGAAUUACUAUUUUAUCUUUAAAAUAAUUUUAUAUGUUAACAAAUUCCUACUAAACCUCUCUCUUCUAGAAUCCUCAUCUACCUUUGCAAUGUCAAUUAUAGGCAAUUUAAUUAUUACCAUUUAAUAAAAUCGACUGAAUGAGUAUUGUAACAGAAACCAUUAAACAUAAUCCUUCUUCUUACUAUGUGUAAGUUGUGGUGAUGUAAAUAUUAUCAGGUGAUUUAACUCCAGAUU